CACAAUUUUACUAAAUUACGGUUCGCCCCUCAAAUUUUGACCCGACAGUAGCAGUAUUGCCCGAAGCGUACGGUAAACUGGAAGGAGGAGGAGACAACAAUGGCGGGUACUAGUCAUCUAACAAGGGCAUUGGGUGGAGGAAGCAGGGCUUUAAUGGCGGCUGCAAAGGGGAGCAACACCAGCGGACUGCCCAAACUCAAAGGAAAGAGCAAAGCAACGACGCCGUCGGCUUCAUCGGAGCUCGGCAAGUUCAUGGGCAUACCCGAGAAGCCUCGCUCUGACACCUCCAUCUUGAUCUCCAAGUUCAUCAAACUCCACACCCGCCAGAAUCCCGGAGUCAAGAAGGACAUCCUCUGCGAGGAGAAGUUGAAGAGUGUAUUAGAGGGGAAAGACUCUGUUGGUAUAGCAGAAAUUGUCAAACUGCUGUCUCAGAAGCCUGCCCGACCCGUCUAAUUGUUGAUUCUUAGACAUUGGGAGCAUUGGCGUGAUGCUCAAAAUCUUGCCUACAUUCGAGUAUACGAAAAGAUUUCGGCUACUAGAGUAUCUUAAGUUGGUGCCAUUACCAUGUUUAUAUGGUUUUAUUCAUGUAAUAAAAUCGAGUCCAACUCCAAGCAAAGAAAGUUUUCUUUUGAUGAGUUCCAGAUAAUGCUAGGGUUAGCUUAUUCCCUUAUGUAUAUUUACAAGCUCCAAUGGAUACACCGAUUGCUGAAAGUGUCA